AUGCGGUCAGCAAUCAUUACUCCGAUUUCUCUUGCAGUUGGAGCAGUUUUGUUGAUCAUAGUCAUUGUCUCUAUAUCUUGUUACAGAAGCUACAAAAACAAACCAUUGAGGGAACCAAAUGCUGGUACAGUUCCCAACAUGAAGAGAAGAGAAGUUCCCAUUAGGGGUCGAGUUAGAAAGAAGCCAAUUGUGCCCAAGAGUAUUGCUAGGUUAGAGACUGUUUCAGAAGUAGAAAGGGGCAAGCUUUUGUUUCUGAAUGAAGAUGAUAGUGAUUAUGAUUUGGAGGAUCUGCUUCAAGCAUCUGCUGAAAUGCUUGGCGGGGGAAACUUUGGGAAUUCUUAUAAGGCAGUUCUGAAAAAUGGCUCCACCAUGGUAGUGAAGAGGCUAAAAGACCUUAACAACUUAGUUAGGGAAGAGUUUGAGGAGCAAAUGGAGAUGCUCAGUAAGCUUAGACAUGAGAACCUGGUUCCUUGGAGUUCUUGUUACUAUACAGACGAGGAAAAGCUCCUGGUUUAUGAGUACAUGCCUAAUGGAAACCUCUUUGACUUGCUUCAUGGUGCAAAGGAACGAGGGCGCCGGGCAUUAGACUGGAAAUCCAGGGUGAAGGUGGCCGUGUGCAUAGCUCGUGGACUAACAUACUUACACGACCAGUGGCCCUCUCGCAGAUUCAUCCCCCACGGAAACAUAAAAUCCUCCAACGUUCUAAUCGACAAAAACAACCAGCCCCGUCUUUCCGACUAUGGCCUCACGCCUUUCAUUUCUUCAGUAUCUGUAGCCAAAAACAUGGUGGCCUUCAAGUCCCCGGAAUACUUCCAGACCGGAAAACUGUCCCGCAAAUCUGACGUCUGGAGCUUCGGAAUUCUUUUGCUGGAGCUUCUCACGGGCAAAAUUCCUUCGCAGUAUGAUCGGAGGGGGACAGAUCUUUCCCAGUUUGUUCAGACGGUUGUGAGGGAAGAAUGGACGGGUGAGCUCUUUGACAAGGAGGUUAGAUGGCAGGAAUCAUCGCAGGAGAUGUUAAAAAUGCUUAGCAUUGCCAUGGACUGCACGCAUACUGCCCUAGAGAGAAGACCCGUUUUUUCUACUGUUCUGAGGAGACUGGAAGAAAUAGAAGCAAGUGAUGCGGAGAAUUCGGUUUCUGAUUAUGAAUCUUCCUUCGAAGUCUCAGGCACAUCAUUCGAACUCUGCAAGACACCUGCCCGAGAUAAUUCAUUCUUGUACAUUCGCAGUGAAUAG